AUGGCUCCUGUUUGUUUGGGUUUCAUGGUGUUCACUGCCCUUAAAUACAUUUUGCUGGAGCUGCUGUACUUGAACCCUGUCUUGGGUUCAGAGCUCCAGGGGGCUCAGGGGAGAGCCGGGAGGGCGCUGGGGCUGCCCCUGACCUGCCUCCUGUCAUGGGCGGAUAAAGGACCGGGCGGGACGCGGCGGCCCCCGCACCGAGGUCGCCGCCCGUCCCGUCGCAGCAGCUCGGCGGAGCCCGCACUAUGGCAGCGCAGGAGAACGAGGGGUAAGCGGCGCCCCAGCACCCCCGGGCCGCCGUCCCCGGGUGGCUCUGAUUCCCCCGGUCGGCCCCCUGCCCGCAGGGAGGCCCAGAAGCUGCGUUUCGUCCCGUGGCUCCUGAACGCCAUCAACAGCGGGAACUACCGCGGGCUGCGCUGGCUCGACCGCGAGCGCACCACCUUCCGCGUCCCCUGGAAGCACAACGCCAGGAAGGACAUCACCAGCAGCGACCUGGAGGUCUUCAAGGCCUGGGCAAAGGUGGGUGGGAGGUAUGAGGAGUCAUCUGAGGACCCGGUCAAGUGGAAGACCAACUUCCGCUGUGCCCUGACCAGCACCGGCAUGUUCAAACGGCUGAAGGACAAUUCCAAGUGUGGCGAAGACCCACACAUGGUCUUCACCAUUAACCAAGCCACCCUUAAGCACAGCACGGAGGGGGACUUCAGCAGCCCUGAUCCUGCGUUGGACCAGCAGCCAGCACAACAGCAGCUGCAGGUGGAGCUUCACCCCCAAGACAUUGCCCCAGAAAUUGCUCUCCCAGGCAGCACCGACCCCACACAGCCCGUGUCACUGGAGAAGCUGCUGCAGCUGUGUGACAUCUCCCCCCGUGACGCUGUCUGCAUGACCCCGUCCUGGGUGCCCGCAGGGGACACCCUCAACCCGGACAUCCUGCUCCAGCCUCCCCAGGACAGCCUGCUCCAGCUUCGUGCCGACCCCAGCCAGAACAACUGCUUCCCUCUCCCGGCAUUUCAGCAGUGGGUGCCCACAGUGGAGCAGCCCGCUUUGGGCACUUACAGCCCCCUGGACUUCAUGCCACCAGAGGAGCCAGGUCCCUUCGUCUCUAACCUGGACGUCACCAUCUACUACCGGGGAAAGGAGUUCCAUCGGGAGAUCGUGCAGGGCAGCCACUGCCUACUGACGUACCAGCCCCUCGGGGGCUCCCCAGCGGUGGCUCAGGGCCCCUGGCACGUGGUGCACUUCCCCAGCCCCGCCAACAUGGCCGAUAGAAAGCAGUGGCGUAUCACCGAGGAGCUGCUGGGCAAGGUGGGGCUGCAGCUGGAGCAACGUGCCUACAAGGUCUUUGCCACCCGCCGGGAGAAGUGCAAGGUAUUCUGGGCCCUGUCCCAACAGCUCGAAGGUGUCGAGGACCCCCCAUUCAACCUUCUCUGCCGGGACCAGGAAACCCCUAUUUUUGACUUCAGUGAGUUUAGCACAGAGCUAAGGGACUUCCGCAACGGCCAAAGGCGGCGGUCCCCUGACUUCACCAUCUACCUCUGCUUUGGUCAGGCCUUCUCCAAGGCCAAGCCUAAGGAGGCCAAGCUCAUCCUGGUCAAGGUGAAGGAGCCAACAACCACUGCUGCCCAGGGAAGGGGAGAGACUCAUGAGGGCCAGGGGAGCUGGGACUCUGGGUGCCUGAGGAGGGGGACCCUUGAGUUGGUGCCCAAGUUCUGCGAGUACUGCUAUGAGAUGGUGCUGCAGGAGGGAGCCUCAUCCCUCGACAGCCACACCAUCAGCCUGCAGCUCUCAGACUCCUUCAGUCUCUACGAUCUCAUUGAGCAGUACACCAUGCAGCUGGACUGACCCCCAACCACCCCAUGGUCCCUGGGACAGGCAGCAGGACCACUGGGCACUGUGCAAACCGGCACCCCCAGCUCAGGGACAGCUUCACUGACCAAUCCCAGAACUCACAUGUUUCUUUUCUCCUCGGUCAGCUGCUAACGUGUUUUUGUGGGUUGUGAUCAUUUACAGAUUUAUUUUCUUAAUUUUUCCAAGUUUAAAUAUAUGUACAGAAAAGUAGUUCCCUCUUGCUGGUGUUACCUGGAUGUCUGCCCCUACUAUAGGUCUGAAACACCUCCUGUACACCCCAAAACCACGAGGGUCUGGCCUUGUCUCAGCAAAGUCCCUGCUGGCAGCAGCGGGCUGAUACCAGAGCCCUUGUCAGCACCUUCUUCCUCUAAACUUUUAGUGAGUGAGGUGACUUCCCACACAUGAAGGGAUGCAUUUAUUGAUUCAUUUAUUUUCGUGCGUUAAGACUGCAAACAUGACUUUGACUUGCAAGCAGAGAGUGUUGAGGACAGCUUGGCUUUGGCUAAACAGAAGUAAUUCUUCAGCAAGUGCCUCCCCACUGGCUAGAAUUAUUCACUGGAGAUGUUCUGGAAAAAUAAGGCAGUAACUGCAACAUGAAGCACUCAGACCUAAGCUCUGAGGCACAGAGGUGGUGCUAUCUCAGGGAGGAGUGUGGAAAGCAGAGUGCUGCCUUAAGAUGGGGUGUCCCCUCCCCAGGCCGCAAGGAACCACACCCCCCUCAUUUCAGGAGCGAGGGGAGAGAACCAACCUGGCUAUCACUGUUGGUCCCUGGGCAAGGGGAGGUGGCAGUGUCCUUACCUGCCUAGUGACCUGGAUGCUGCUGGGCCCAAAGGUGGUGGUCCCAUAGCUUGUCACGUAAUAGUGAGCAGGAGGUUGUGCUGGGGGCUUCUCCAGCUGACUGGGCACUGUGGGAAUAGGACACCCUCAGCACCUCAGCUCCAUGAAACCGUCAGCCCUCUUUCCCCUGAGAGCUGUUGCAGCACAAACUUGGGACCUUUGGGCUCACCUUUGGGGAGAAGCAGCUCUGUGCCAAAACGGUGUCCACACGUCCCACACGUUUUAACAUCUUCCCUUGUCCUGCGGAGGGAAAAGCCACAAAAAGAAGGAGCAGGAGCUGCCUCAGCAGUCCCCAUGGAAGAUGAUGCCAAGACAAUGGAAGAGGCUUGCUUUUCCCACCCUGACCUGAGGUCCCACCAUUGGACCUGGGAUACCUGCUGCCCUCCCAGGGGCCUGAGCACCUUCAGCUCUUCAUGAAACGGGACAUGUGGGCAUAUGUUCAGAGUGAAUAUUAUGUGCCUAAGCCCAGAGUCUCAGCUUCUUCACCCUUCUUUCCAUGAUCGACUUUCCCACACCAGUAAGUGCUAACAACACGUGGGGCAUGAGCUGCUGCCGUCAGGAAGAGGGCAAAGUAGUGCCCGUCGAGUUUCACGACUGAUUUCAUGUGGCCUCUAGCAGCUGACCAGCCCCACCAGCAUUGCAGUAGCGGUCACCCAGGUCCUGCCCUUGGCUUGGAGUGGCACAGCGUGUACGUACAUGGCACUUGUGCCAUCCAUGUCUGGCCAGAUGAACUCCGCGGGACAGCCCACUGUUCGGCAGGGAGUCUUCACACACACGUGCAGCCCCGGCCACUCCUCAGCAAGCUUCUGGAUGAUGAGCACAACUGCCACGAGGAAGUCCCAGGCAAACUGAAAACCUUCCAGGCAAAAGGAGAAUGUCUCACUUGCUUACAGUCCCCAACCCCAGGAGAUGCUGUGGUGAUGCACCCAUCGCUUCCAGCCCGCCAGACCACAGCCAGAACAGUUGGACCAGCUCCAUAUCCCAAAUUAACCAAGACUCACAGCCUUUAUACAAUAGCCUUCUAACGAUAUGUUAGAAGAGUUCCCCUACUCGGGUGGCCCUUUUGCUUGUCACUUGAAGACUCGGCCUGAGACUGUACUCUGCUGGGGCCUUUAUGGGGAAGGAUAACACAUUUGCUCCAUGAGAAGACUGAAAACUUGACUUUCCACUUCCAUGUGAUACUUUAGAGGAGUCCUCUAAAGAACUGGAUGGAGAAAGGGGAAAUUUUUAACUGAACUGCUGGUGGGUCCUGGCUGGACUAGGACAUGUGGCAGAGGCUUCUUGGGACACUGCCCAGAGGGCUGGAGGUGGCAGAGGGGGAGCUAAGGAGAAACGUAGGGUUGGGAGUCAUGAAAUAUGAAUCAGGAAUCUUACCUGUCCUUCCUGCUGGCUUUCUGCACCGGAGCUCCAGGUAGCUGUAGGCCCUCUGGUUAUUCUCUUUGAUCAGCAGAGGUUUGCCAUUGCAUACAAGCAGGCAGGUCACCUUGGCCACCCAGUGUGUGGAGUAGAAGGAGCAAGCUUUCACCAGGAACCUGUGAGGAGAUUCCCCAUGGCUUUCACCAGCCUCUUCCUAGCUUAUCCCUUGCACCAGGAGAAAGCAUGGCACCAGGUGAACUUGAAGAUAUGAACUCAAUUUCAGUAAAAACAGAGGCAGACACCAAAUGAGGACCCUCCCCUACCAAAAGCUCAAGCAGCAGUAGCAGCUUCUUAAGCCAAGAGAUGAUUCCAGAGUUGGUCAUCUGUCCUGGUUUUGUCUGGGAUGAAGUUAAUUUUCUUUCUAGUAGCUGGUGCAGUGCUGUCCUUUGGAUUUAGGAUGAGAAUGAUGGGGAUAACACACCAAUGCUUUAGUUGCUGCUGAGCAGGGCUUGCAGCAAGUCAAGGACUUUCCAGGUUCUCAUGCAGCCCUGCCAGCAAGGAGGCUGGGGGGUGCACAAGAAGCUGGGAGGGGGCACAGCCAGGACAGCUGACCCCAAAUGUCCAAAGGGAUAUCCCAUACCAUAUGGCAUCAUGCUCAGCAUAUAAAUGUGGGGGAAAGCUGGCUGGGAAACCAUUGCUUGGAAUAGGCUGGGCAUUUUUUGGUUGGUGCUGAGCAAUUGUUUUUCCUUUGCAUCACUUGUUCUUCUUGGGUUUUACUACUCUGUUUUUUGGUUUCCUUUUAAUUACAAUAUUAUUAUAGUUAUUACUGUUACU